AUGUUGGAGAAUCAAUCCAGUGCCACUGAAUUUUGUCUCUUAGGCUUCCCUGGCUCCCCCAAACUACACCAUAUCCUUUUUGCUACCUUCUUCUUCUUCUACAUAGUGACAGUAAUGGGAAAUAUAGUCAUCAUUGUGACUGUCUUCUUUGAUAAACGUCUGCAGUCUCCCAUGUAUUUCUUCCUCAGCCACCUCUCUGUCCUGGAGAUCAUGACCAUAUCUACUGCUGUCCCCUUGAUGCUCUGGGGGUUGCUUCUCCCUGGAAUGCAGACAAUAUCUUUGACUGCAUGUGUUGCACAACUCUACUUGUACCUUUCUUUGGGGACCACAGAGUUGGUAUUAAUGGCAGUCAUGGCUGUGGACCGUUAUGUGGCUGUGUGUAACCCUUUAAGGUACAGUAUCAUUAUGAACAGCUGCACUUGCAUCUGGGUGGUGAGUGUGUCAUGGGUGUUCGGGUUCCUUUUUCAAAUCUGGCCAGUUUAUGCCACAUUUCAGCUUUCAUACUGCAAAUCAAAUGUGGUAGACCAUUUUUUCUGUGAUAGAGGACAAUUGAUCAACCUCUCCUGUGAUAACACACUUUUCACAGAAUUUAUUCUUUUUCUAAUGGCUGUUUUCAUCAUCAUUGGUUCUUUGAUCCCUACAAUUGUCUCCUACACCUACAUUAUUUCCACCAUCCUCAAGAUCCCCUCAGCCUCUGGCCAGAGGAAAGCCUUCUCUACUUGUGCCUCCCACUUCACCUAUGUUGUGAUUGGCUAUGGCAGCUGCAUGUUCCUCUAUGUGAAACCCAAGCAAACGCAGGCAGCUGAGUACAACAGGGUAGCUUCACUGUUGGUUUUAGUGGUGACCCCAUUUAUGAACCCUUUCAUCUUCACCCUCCGGAAUGAGAAAUUCAUGGAAGCCUUUCAAUACGGCAUGAAACGCUGCCAUCAACUCAUCAAGGAUUAA